AUGGAUGACACGCCCGAAUGCGCCGAUCAUGUCUCGGUAACGGGUCACAAGAUCGAUCUCAGCCUCGACCAUGGUUUCCUGGGAAACUGCUCUUCAAUCUCCUCUUACGAGAGCCUCGAUGCUAUCGGCGAAGGCGCCUACGGCAUCGUGUCGCGCGCACGCGACAGGCGCAGCGGCUCUGUCGUCGCUUUGAAGCAAAUUCGCAUCCUUGAAUACGAGCGCAACAAUGGUAUUCCGCUUACGGCGCUGCGCGAAAUAUCGAUCCUUCGAUCCCUCCGCCACCAGAACGUAAUCAAUGUCCUCGAAGUCGCUGUGGACGACGCCGUGCUGGAAGACGUAUACAUGGUUAUGGAAUACUGCGAGAAGGCUGUUCUAAAGGACUUGGCAAGCCUCAUCGAUGUGCACAAAGUCCAGUUCAGCUUGGCUGAAGUAAAAUGUCUUGCCCGCCAACUACUCGAAGGUCUCGAGUAUCUCCACAGGAAAGACAUCAUUCACAGAGACAUCAAAAUGGAGAACCUGCUCCUCACUGCGAAUGGGUUGCUCAAAAUAGCCGACUUUGGUUUGGCGCGCGAGUGGGCGCCGAGGCCCCUUACACCUGGGGUUGUCACCAUCUGGUACCGUGCUCCAGAACUAUUGCUCGGGUGCUCUCGCUACACAUCUUCCAUUGACAUCUGGUCAGCGGGCCUGUUCAUCGGGGAGCUGCUGCUUCAGAUGCCGGUGCUCGAUGGGAACACUGAGCUAGAACAACUCUCUCAAAUAGCGAAGCUCCUGGGUAGCCCAUCUCCUGGAGACAUCGUUACUUUGUCUUCCAUGGGCUGUCCGGACCUGAUCAAAUGGCAGCGAGACUCGAUGCCUCGAGGACGCGUCGAUAAUCUUGAGCGAUGGUUUCUUUCACGAUCCACCAAAGGAACGGUGAAGUUCCUCGCCAGCAUUCUAAAAUGGGACCCCAAGGCACGGCUCUCUGCAAACGAAGCGUUGGGAAAGUCGAAGAGUAGGUUUGCAGCUGCGGCAGAGGAUUGGUGGCGGGAGAGUCCGAGGGCUGCAGCGAAGGAACAGCUGCCCACGUUGCCUGCUGUGGAACCUGUUCAAGAUGGAAAGCCUAGGUUACACAACGAUUCUUCCAGCAAGAGGCAGCAGGCACCUGAGAGCGGACCUGUGGAUUUCGGCGGGUUCGUCUUUGAUUUCGGCGACGCCGAGCCGGCUACUAAGCUCCCGCCAAGAAAGCGAAGAAGAUAG